UCCUGAGAUUGGGAGCAACUUGGGGUUCAAUGUCUUGCCCAAGGACACUUCAGCAUGUGGAGACCCGCUCUACCACCCGAGCCAUAGCUGCCCAAUGGAUGGAUGUUUUCUUGUUCUGUUUUCAUUUUAUUUCAUUUUCAUUUCUACCUUUUUUCCAAAGGAGAUGGGAAACUCAUAUGCAGGGCAGCUGCGCACCACCCGUUUCGAAGAGGUUCUGCACUAUUCCAUCGAGGCAUCUCUGCGUUCCAACACUGUAGUGCCCAGACCAGUGUUCUCUCAGCUGUAUCUAGAACCAGAGCAGAGGUCCCUCUCUCGAGAAGGUAAUGUGGAUGAAGACGAUGAUGAUGAGAAUGGCUCAGAGUCUAACAGUCCUCCCAUUCCAUAUCAGAUGAAGCCUGCUCCAGAUGGCUCUUGCACCACUGACGGAUUCUGUCAGGCGGGUAAAGACCUACGACUGACCUCGAUGUCCACUGAAAAUCUGGACGUGCCACCGGGAUUUCUGCUGGUCGGGGCCAAAUCUCCCAGUAUACCUGGCCACAUACUGGUGUGUGCAGUGGAUCGACGAUUUCUCCCAGAUGAACGUGGACGUAAUGCACUUUUAGGCUUCUCUGGGAACUGUAUGGGCUGUGGUGAGAAAGGAUUCCGCUACUUCACUGAAUUCUCCAACCACAUCAACCUGAAGCUCACCACGCAGCCCAAAAAGCAGAAGCACUUAAAAUACUAUCUGCUCCGCAAUGCACAGGGUGCGCUGGUCAAGGGCCCAUCCAUCUCCUGGAAGGGAAUAGACAGUCGUGUAAGACAGACCUCCUCAAAUGUGUCUGGUGGUCCAGAGGAGCAGCCAUCUGGUCCUGUAGCGAGCAACCCACUGCCUAAUUCAGGACAUGUGGGUGUAAGCACAGCCAACUACACAGAUCUGAACACACAUCUCCAUGCACCUGAAACGUCCCCAGCAAUGACCAAUGGCAGCCACAUUCCAGCAUCCCAGCAGUCUGUGUCCCAGCCAGCCCUGGUGGCCAAUGGUCCAGGAAGAUCCACAGGAUCUAUGGCAAACACAGGACCACCCAAAAAGAGACACAAGGGCUGGUCCCCAGAAUCUACAGGACACACUGAAUCAAGCAGUAGACCUGUGGCCUCCAACACAGUCAGUGGCACAAAAUCAGGUACAAAUAAAAUUGGGACUUCAGUGUCUCAAGGGUCUUCACCCUCCAUGCCUCCAGAGGAGUCUGUUGCAGUGCCUAAUAAUCUGUUCCAAACAUGUGGUUUGCAGCCAGUUAUCUUCAAAGGGCAUGGGGAUCUGCCACAUCUAUGUGGGAACACAACUGAGGUGUUGGUCAACGGGUGGUUGCAGGCAUGCUACCGAAGCUCUCAGAACCUCCCACGUGUUUAUGAGCAGUAUGGAGCCUCCUCCAUCCAGCCGCUCUCCACUGAGAUGCAGGUCCUGUUGACUGUCUACUAUCUGGUACAGCUGGGCCCAGACCAGAUACCCCUGAUGGAAGACCUGGAGCAAAUCCUCAUGCGCUCUUGGCGUGAGUCACACCUGACGGAAAUCCGUCAGUACCAGCAAAGUCAUUCCCAGUUUCCUGCUCCACUGCCUGGCCUGGCACAGCCCCUAACCCCCUCUCAGCUCCCUUGGCUGGCCAAGCUGGCCACCAGCUCCUGUGGUGACACCGUUCUAGUGUUGGACACUUCACCCUCAUUGUCCGAGGCACUGGUAGACACCUUCCGGAGGCUUAUGGAGGGCAAGCUUAGUCACACACAUUUUUUGGUGAUCAUUUGCAUGGGCAGGAGCCAAGGGACUGAGUCCUGCGUAGUGGUUACAGGGAAGCACCAGGCACGAGCACUUGCAGAGAGUAUGCUCUCCUCAAGUGAAUGUGGGAGAGAAAUCAGUCAGGAGCUUUCCUCCGGGAUCACUGCUGAAUUAGAUGCCUACGUUAGCUCCCUAGGUCCAGGUAAGGCCACUUUGAUCAUUUACUGCAGAUUAGGGGUCAGUUUCCUGCGCUCUCAUCUUAACCUAAAUCAAGAUGGAAAUGUGGAGAGUUUCCUGGAGAAAGUCAAUACAGAGACCUAUAGCGUUUCAGCUCAGGCACAUGGAAAGGAAAGCUCUGCAGAAGCCAUAUGUACAGGUGAAUAUCAUGUGAUCAGGUUGCCUUUUAUUAUACUGUACCUUAGUUGGAACAAAUUUAUCGUCCAAUCUCCUUUCACAGAAUAUCGGGUAGAGUGGCAUGAGAUUCGGCCCAUUCAGCUCGCAGUGGCACGGAAGCUGUUGUCCCACGUGUGUGCAAUUGCUGACUCCAGCACACACAACCUGGACCUUGGCUCUUUUGACAAGGUGGAGUUCUUAAUCUGUGUGCCUCCUUCUGAGGUGACCUUCCAGCAAGUGGUCCUGCACUUGUGGAACUCAGGGGUCCUUCAAGAAUUAGGCAUGGACCAGAACUGUUUGUCCCCAAAGGAUGCUGAGCAGUAUGUGGUAAAAUUAGAUCAGACUGCUGCAGCUAAGAUCAGCGGUCUCAUUCAGAAAUCAAAGUUGAACCCAUAUACCCUCUUCAUACUGGUGCAUGACCAUGCACACUGGGAUGUUAGUAGUGAACAGUGUGGGAGGGUGGGUGGCUUGUCCAGCUCAGGACUGGUGGACAGUCUGCUGAACUGCAAGCAAAUUCAAGAGGCACCCAAUGUCCUGAUUCUCCAUGUGACCUCAUUCCCCUUUGCCCUGCAGACUCAAUACACACGCAUCAGCCCCUACAAUGAAAUCCACUGGCCAUCAACAUUCAGCAGUGAUGUGGAUCUGUAUCAUGAGAAAACAAAAUACUUUGGUGUGUCUGAGCUGCUGGAAUCCACGCGAUCAGGGAGCGGCCUUCCUUUGCUGCGCUUUGACAGUUCAUUUGAGAGCAUGGUCACUGCCCUGGAAGAGAGGUUUCCAAAAUUGCACAGCUCCGUCAUCCGCACCCAGGUGCUUCUCCAGCACUAUUCCGUGGCUCUAUUAGCUGCAGCCAGAGGUCAGGUCCAGCUACAGAAACACACCUCUGUAGAAACCCUGGAGAUAGUGCAGUGUCUGCUGGGCUCGACGCGAUGCUGCCCCAGCCACCAUGGGUACAUGCUCCUGCUGCGUAUACCUUUCCCAUGUCUGGCAGCACUGGCACAUCAGCGUCUCUGUCACAUACGUGACCGCCUGGGCCUCCACAAACACUUUGAAAUUGUGUUGGGAGACCCUAAAUCUGGGAUAAUUGUGGGCAAGCACUUCCUGAGCCAGCUGAGGGUAUGGCUGAAAAUCCAGGACCCAGACUGGACGCCUCGCACAUACCUAGAUUUAGAGGCUUUGCCCUGCAUCCUCAUCUUUACUGGUAUGGAUCCAAUGGGGGAGUCAUUGCCAAGGUCUCUGAAGUACUGUGAUGAGCGUGUCGUAAGCUGCUGCGCUCUGCAACGCACAGCUCUGGAGCAGGAACUUGGUCUGGCUGCGUACUUGGUGCAUGUGGAGGAGCAGAGGCAGCAUGUGCCGCGUGUUUCCAGUGACCUAUCUGAGAGCGAUCCUGAUAAACUCAGUAGCACUGACAAUGAGGAAGAAGAGUCUGUAGUGGAUGUGAGUACUGCUCUCCCUGGCCAGGAUCACUCCCAGCAAACCCAGGAUGAAUUUUCCCCUAACAAACCAAGCCGAUCCUCAAAAUCCACCUCCCCUGACUCCUUGUCAUCUUCGCAGACCUCUCCACAGCGCUACUGCUGCUCCUGGGCACGUAACAUAAACAGGCCGCCUGUGGUCCUCCUCCCCAAGGCUUUGUAUGAUCUGAUCACCAGGGUGGAUGCCAGUGGCUUGCCCAAGCCCAUGUCCUUCCUCCCUCACCCAUGUGUAGAGUGGGCCAGCUCUUUCAGGCCCCUCCUCAGCAAGAUGAUGACAUGUACAGAGCAGUCUCUGUACUACAGGCAGUGGACUGUACCCAAACCUCAGCACAUGGACAGCAGCAAUUGGACCGAGGGACGCACUGACAACUUUCACCCUCGCAGGCUGCUCCUCAGUGGGCCACCUCAAGUUGGAAAGACUGGUGCAUAUCUGCAGUUCCUGGGCAUUCUCUCUCGAAUGCUAAUCAGGCUCAUGGAGGUAGAUGUCUUUGAUGAAGAGGACAUCAAUUGCAAUUGCCAGUGUGAGUUGCUGAAGUAUCAUCAGGCCAUUGCAUCAUGGCCCAACGCUGACACUUUGAGAGGAAUGCCUUUUGACUUUACCAUCCAUGACCCCAAAUACGAGGACAUCAGUAUCAUCUACUCCCCUGACUUUACUCCAAAUGUGGAACGAAACCCCCGACGUCAGGAAGAUGUGUACCUUCGUCGUCGUACAGCCCGGAUAAAACUCUCCAAAUAUGCAGCAUAUAAUACUUACCAUCACUGCGAGCAGUGCCAUCAGUACAUGGGAUUCAACCCUCGAUACCAGCUGUGUGAGUCUACCCUGCAUGCCUUCACCUUCUCUCAUCUGCUACUUGGGGAGGAGAUACAGCUCUAUUUUAUUAUCCCCAAAUCCAAAGAGCAUCACUUCUUCUUCAGCCAACCAGGAGGCCAGCUUGAGAGCAUGAGACUGCCCCUUAGCUCUGAUUGGAAUCCUGAUUGUAUAAAGAGUCCAAUAUUUACACCCACAACGGGUCGCCAUGAGCAUGGCUUGUUUAAUCUAUAUCAUGCCAUGGAUGGAGCCUCCCACCUGCACAUCUUGGUCAUCAAAGAAUAUGAGAUGGCUGUCUAUAAGAAAUACUGGCCCAAUCACAUCAUGUUGGUCCUGCCCACCAUCUUCAACGGAGCUGGAAUAGGAGCGGCACAUUUCCUAAUUAAAGAGUUGUCCUUUCAUAAUCUGGAGCUGGAACGCAGUCGGAGAGUGGAGCAUGGCAGUCGUCCUCAGGAUGUCUGGCCCUUUAUCAUCCUGGCAGAUGACUCCUGUGUCAUGUGGAACAGUGUUGACAUUGACUUCAAGAGUACUGCUGGACCAGAGAGGAAUGUGUCACUGAAGCAGGUGCUGCAGCACAUGGAAUCAUCCCCAGAUAUCACUCAGUACGGCCUGUGUGGUCUGAGGAAGUGGUCAAGCCGUGGAGCUGGCCCUGGACAAAGGAGAGAGCCCUUCUCACGAGGACACCUACAUGAUUUCCUGCUCCUCAACGUGGACCUCACUCAGGAUGUGCAGUACAAUCAAAACCGAUUUACGUGUGACGACGUAGACUUCAACCUUCGUGUUCACAGUGCUGGCCUUCUAAUUUGCCGCUUUAACAACUUUAGUGUGAUGAAGAAGCAGAUUGCCAUCGGGGGAUAUCGUACAUUCAUCAUCAAGACCAAGAUGACUGAUGUACCAACCACAGCUCAGCCUUCUCAGUAUAUCUGUGCCCCAGAUAGCAAGCACCUGUUCCUGGCUACUCCAGGUCAGCUUCUGCUGGAGAAAUACCUCCAACACACAAGUCAGCGGCUUUUCCCCCUGAGCACUGGCAAUUAUAGCCAUCCGGUUCUUUCUGUCGACUGCUACCUCAACCUGGGCCCUGAGGUAACAGUGUGUUUUGUCAGCUCAAGACCACACUCCGUCAACAUCAGCACAGCAGGUUUGCUCUUCAGUGGCCUCCUGCUCUACUUUUGUGACUCUUUCGUCACACCGGGCUUCCUCAAGAAGUUCCAGUUUCUGAAAGGGGCGACUCUGUGCGUAAUCUGCCCAAACCGCAGUGCUCUCCGUCAGACAGUGGUGCGGCUUGAGCUGGAGGACGAGUGGCGGUUCAGGCUGAGCGAUGAGUUUCAAACGGCCAAUGCCAAAGAGGAUCAGCCACUCUUCUUUCUCACAGGGACACACAUCUGACUCAGCAACUCUGGCCUCAUGUUUAUGUACAUAGACGUGUGUAUAUAAUGAUUUAGAUGUACUGUACUCUUGCACUGGUGUGAUUGUUUUGUUUGUGUUGUUUUUCUCUUCUCUAUGUUCUCUUGCAUAAAAAAGCCCAACGAAGUGUGAUUUUUAACAGUCUUCAGUUACAUAUGUAUAUGAAAAAUUAUAUUUAUUAACAUAACUGUUAUAUGACCACAAUAUCUGCCUUAAUUUUUAUGAUGCAUUUUUUUUUUAAUUCUCAUAAUUCAUGCACGGACAAUUGUACAACCCAUUGAAUGAUUUUGCAAAGGAUAUUUAGUAGAGAAAGAAUAUUUUUGUAUAUAUUUAUUUAGUCUGUUCUCUGCUAUUGUUUUUAUUAUUUGUUUGUUUCAUUAUUUGUGGGGCGAUUGUGUCAUUGUACAGGUUAGGUAAAGUUACAUUGCUUUAUCUUGGUUAAUUUUGUGAUAUUUGUAUAGUUCUGUGCUAUUUGUUCAGUUGAUGGACUUUUUUUUAUUAUUUGUUCAGUUCUGGCAAGUUAACAGUAGAGGGCACUAUAAUGGUAUCAAUUUCUAGCUUCUCAAAAUAUCAUUUUGUAUGAAGAAAUGACAAUUAAAAAUGUCUGUAACAAUAACAAUGUCAAACCCAUCCACAAAAGAACAGAAAUUGUAGUUUCUCACUUUGUUCUUGAUUAAUAUAUUAAUGACAUCAUAAAUCACAGAGCACCUGCAAAAUCUCUCAAAUACUACAUUUAGGAGCAUUUGUUCUGCACAUGUGCCUACUUACUCAUAAAAGUGUAGUUUUACUCAGUGAAAUGAUAUAGCACAUUCAACAAGAAGUGAAUGAUCUCAUAACUUCAUUCGCUGACAUGUUGUCUUAAGGGUCAAAAAUGACCCGCCACUAAAUUUAAAACUUGAAAUUUAUAUUUCAACUUGAAAUUUUCAACUUUUCCUAGAGUGACCCCAACAUUAGAGAAAGUGAAACAUUGCCUUUGUUCAUAUUUCCAUGAACGCUGAACACCACCAGGGUACAAAGAUUGUCUUAGGGUCAUUUUUACCUGGCAGGUAUAAACACACCACAAAAAUCAUGGUGCUGAUCGAACUCAGGCAAAACUCUUGUGCAUGUGCAGCAUCUCCCCUCCACAUGACUCAAGUUGACAGACAAAAUAAAACCAAUUUCAGACAAAAUAAAAUUUCUUGAAAGCAUUGUUUACUAAUGGGGAAUGCAG